AUGGCCAACAAACCCGUGCUUUACACCACACUCAUGAGCCCGCCAUGCCGGGCCGUAGAGCUUACAGCAAAAGCUCUCGGGCUGGAGUUGGAGCGCAGGAAUGUGAACGUCAUGGCCGGCGAUCAUUUGAGUCCGGAGUUUUUGAAGAUGAAUCCGCACCACACGAUACCGGUUCUGGAUGAUAAUGGGACGAUUGUCAGCGAUAGUCACGCCAUCAUGAUCUAUCUGGUGAAAAAGUACGCUGCUGACGAUAAGCUCUACCCUGAAGAUAUCGCGAAACAGGCGCGUGUCAAUGCUGCUCUGCAUUUUGAAUCAGGCGUGCUGUUCGCCAGGCUUCGAUUUAUUACCGAGCUUGUCUUAUUGCGCCGACAACCAGGAAUUCCCGAGGAUCGCAUCGAGCUGGUCCAGAGCGGUUAUCAGCUUCUGGAAGAUUCCCUUCACGACGACUAUGUAGCUGGACCUCACUUGACCAUUGCCGAUUUUAGCUGCAUUUCUACGAUCGCUUCCACUUUGGGCUUCAUUCCACUGGACCGGACGGAAUAUCCGCGUGUUAAUGCGUGGAUCGAUCGCUUGAAACUACUGCCGUAUUACGAAGAGAUCAACGGCAUCGGUGCCACUAAGUUGGGUCGGUUUAUCGUAUCGCAAAACGCAGCUAACUCGAAAUUGUAG